GCCGGCGGUGUUGUUGUGGGGACGGUGAUGAUGGUGCCAUCGGCGGGGAUGGCAAGAAUGGUAGAGGAGUUGGGUUCGAUUGCGUUGCGAAUGGGUUCACGAUGGCGAUCGCGAUGGAGACGGAUAUGAAUAUCUAUAUAUAUGUGUGUCUGUCUGUUUUCUUUUCUUGCAUGAAUAAUUGAACAUUUUUUUUUGUGAUUGAGGUGUAAAUUAGAUAUGAUUGAUGCAAAUAUUGCAGGAAUCAAUUUAGAUAUUGAGAGCAAUUGAGAGGUAUGAUAUUGAGCCGACGUUGCCGACGAAGACGCAAACUCGUCGAUGAUGCCUUCGAUUCCCACUGAAGCUCCGGCCAGUAUGGAAGGUACGAUCUGGUGGUGGAUUGGCUCCUCUAAAAGGUGAUUCAACGAGGUCUCCAGACUUAACAGACUUAUGUUUUAUGAUUAAUGAUAUUCCUCCAUCUUACCAACAACAUUAAUAAGGUAUGUAUGUAAAUUUGUUAGCAGGAGGGGCUAAAGGUAUUGGGUUAAGUGCAAAAAAUUCCGUGAUAUAGGGUAAUGAUACUUAAGAUCUGACCUUUUAACACCCAGAUAAUGUUGUAUCACCGCCACACCUUCUUACUUUCCACAAUUUACUAUCUUUAUGUAUGACAUCAGUAUUAAGAACUAAUCAAACAAAGUGAAUCUUGAGGCUUAAUUCAGUAAAAUUAAGUGAAUCUAGUAAGAAUAGACUAUUUCGACAAUUACCACGUAGUUUCUGAUCCAGUAUCUUAGUCUCUAAUAAAUAAUAAUUGUGAAAUCUAUUGUCACAUGCUCUAUCUCAUAACCUAACCUAAUAUGUUUAUUUGACCAUUCCUCUCAGCAUCCUAGCUAUUUUAUUUCCAAUGUGCUUUAGCAGUUUAAUAUACCCUCUUUUGUGUCCCCGAAUUCAUGCAUGUUUUCAAAAUUACCAGAAUGGAUGCUCAUCUAAUUAGAUAAUCUUUGCUAGAUGCUUUAUCUAUCUUAUAGUAUUAGGGAGUAUUUGUUUAAGGAAUACUGUGAUGUUGCACCUGAUUUUUGUUUUGGCCUAGGCCACAUCGUAACUCGAGGAUUUCAUCCCGUUUUUCGCUUGAGGGUCUUGGACCUUGUUAGAAUUCUUUUAUAAAUGUUUAGGGCUUAAAAUGGAAUAAUUUUAGAGUAAUCAAUUGGCUGCAAUUUGCUUUUGUCUGGGAAAAAGUAAAUAAAAUAAAAUUGGAUGCCAUUGGUUAAUUAAUACUGUACUAUUUUAGUAGGAUAAGAUUCCAAUUGUGAUUUUAAAUUGUCAUCGUUUACAGAGAUAGCUAAUGGACUGCUGAUUGUCCUUUUGCUGCAUCGAUCUUCACUAGCUAAUGUACGUAGUUUGUUAUACCUAAUUACAUGAUUCCCCAUGUUCUGUUUUCAUGUUUGAAAUGUCCUUAAGCUAGCUGGCCUUCCAUGCUCCCACUUUUUUCUUUUAUUUAUUUAUUUAUUUUUACCUUUGAGGAAAAACUUACACACACUAUUGUCCAUCUUUUACAUUGAAGCAUUUGGUGGUGCGUUAAUUUGCUCCCUCUUAUGGUUUGCUUAGUUUGUAGAGUUACAACACUUGCUCUAAUAUACUCUAACCAUUUACUGAUGAAUAAUAAUAAUAUUAUUAUUAAUAAUAAAAAAUUAACAUGAAUAAAUAUAACAUUCUCUUAAUCUUUUUAUAUAUUUAAAUGAUACUUGCUAUGUUUAGUAGAACUGAAUCAGUGCCAUCAACAUAAUGUUUAAAACAAAAAAAAAACAUUUACCUCUAUUUGGCAUCAAAUUGAGUCAUAUGAUAUCACAGUAGGGUCUCUGUAAUGACUACAUAUAUAUAUAUUUCGUGUUCUAUAUUAUGUAUAUAAUAUAUCUAAACAUACACAUAAUAUAUAUAUAUAUAUAUAUAUAUAUAUAUAUAUUAUGUGUAUGUUUAGAUAUAUUAUAUACAUAAUAUAGAACACGAAACCCACCGACUCGAAGCGUGAACCACGAGAAAAUAGCAACAAAGAAAAAUACAAGGGGUGCACCGGAGCUUGUAUUGCACUUUUUUAAUAAGUAAGGCUUGAAGCUAUCGAUUUAUUAGGGUAACAUGAAACGUCUUAAAAAAUGUUUGUAUAUAUUUAUACCGGGAGCAGACCAAUGAAUCAAAGGGACCUUGAUUCAUUAUUUCAUCAGUGGGUAUACUAUGAUAAUACCCAACUUUGAUUUUUUUUUUUUUUUCUUCUGUUACUUUUGUCAUUUUUUUGGGUUAGAUAACUUGAAGAUAUUAAUAGGUUGGUAGUUUCGUGAUUCGCCCGUGAUUCGCCCAUUCCUGCCACCCACGCAAGAAAUUGACUAUAAAUAUAGUUCAGUUUGGUGGAGAAAGUAAUUAGAGACUUGCCAAUCACAAUUUGAUGAGAGACACUCCUUUUGUCUUAUAUUAGUAGUCUAUUAUUUUAUUUUUACAUAUCUCAAAUUAGUUGUUCUUUUUAAAAAGUCAAAGCAUCUUUCUUUUAUAUUUCUAUCAUUAUUUUUUAUUUUUAAAAAAUUCCAAGCUUUGUAAUUAUAUAUAUUUAAAUUAGAAAGGACAAUUUAAUAAUUUUAAUACAUUAAUUGCAUGUUCCCUUAAAAACUCCAAUUUAUAUAAAUGGACCUUUAUUAUAGGACAGAGGUAGUACCAUACUUUAGUAGGUUUGAUAAACGUAUAAGUUUUAUACUUGCGACAUCGUUUUGAUGCACACAGGACAGGGGAUCUGUCCGUCUCGAUCCUAUAAAUAAAUACUAGCCCGUCUUCUUACAAAUCCAAAUAUAUGCCGAUACAUGCAUAUACAUAUAUACAGUAGUUAUGAUCCCUAGCUCUCUAAAUCAAUAAAUCACCUCACACACCAUCGAUCCCUCACACAUACAUACUAAAGAAGAAAUUGAUUAGACAAUAAUAUGGAUAUGGCAGUGAAAGUUGAUCCGUUUUUGGUAGAGCUGAGGAGGAAGGAAGUAGUGGCAGCUGUGCUGCCAAUGCUAGAGCAUUGGCUGCCACAGUCCAAUCUGGACUUGCUUUUGCCUCCACUCGAUGUUGGUGUGUUCUUCUGUUACAAGAAAGCAGAGGAUGACAACUUGUUCAGCUUUACUUACAUGGUCAGUGUCCUUAAGAAAGCCAUGGCUCAAGCUUUGGUGACCUACUAUGCAUUUGCCGGGGAGGUUGUGCAGAACAGCUUGGGCGAGCCUGAAGUCAUCUGCAACAAUCGUGGGGUGGAUUUCAUCGAAGCUUAUGCGGACGUAGAGCUCCAACAACUCAACUUUCACAAUCCCGAUGAGUGCAUAGAAGGCAAGCUGGUCCCUAAGAAGAAGCAAGGAGUGCUCUCUGUCCAGGUUACCGAACUCAAAUGUGGAGGUUUGGUAGUAGGGUGCACGUUUGAUCAUCAAGUGGCCGAUGCCUACUCGGCCAACAUGUUUCUUGUGUCAUGGGCCGAGAUGGCUAGGUCCAAACCGGUACUCUCUCUACUCCCAUCAUUCCGCCGGUCUCUGCUCAACCCUAGGCAUCCUGGCCACUACGAUCCCUCCCUUGACAACAUGUACAUGCCCAUCUCGGCCAUGCCACCACCAAAACAAAAAAACCCCGAUGAUGAUCACCUGAUAAGCCGAAUAUAUUACAUCGAGGCCAAUCAGCUCAGUCACCUUCAAUCAUUGGCGAGUGCUAGCGGAGAAAGAAGGACUAAGCUCGAGGCUUUCAGUGCCUUUGUGUGGAAAGUGGUUGCAGCCAGUACUGAACAUGGUAGCAACAAGAAUUGCAGGAUAGGCAUUGUGGUGGAUGGGAGGGCUCAGCUGAGCGGAGGAGACAGUGGCGAAAAGGCGGUGAUGAUGUCUGCUUACUUCGGGAACGUGUUGUCCAUCCCCUGUGACGAAAAGAGGAUCACUGAGCUGGAGGAGAGGCCGCUGAGCUGGGUGGCAAAUGCAGUACAUGAGUGCUUGCAGGCUGCUAGGACAAAGGAACACUUUUUGGGGCUCAUAGACUGGGUGGAGGCUCAUCGUCCGGAGCCUGCUAUGACAAAGAUAUACAGUGCCAGCGAGGAUGGGGGGCCGGCAGUGGUGGUUUCGUCGGGGCAGAGGUUUCCGGUGUCAGAGGUGGAUUUCGGGUGGGGGAAGCCUGUGUUCGGGUCGUACCAUUUCCCGUGGGGCGGGGAGACCGGGUACGUGAUGCCCAUGCCAAGUCCGGUAGGGAAUGGAGACUGGGUUGUGUACAUGCACAUGUUGGGAGGGCAACUGGAGCUGAUUGAGACACAGGCGGCUUAUUUGUUCAGGCCCUUGACAAGUGAUUAUCUUAAUAAACAUGUUUAUUUAAAGUGAGAAUAAUUUUAAUUUUCUAUAUGUAAUUUUGUUUAUAUGUUAGAAUAAUGGCUCAAUUUGGCAACAACGGUUCUCACCAAACUUCUUUUUGACUAAUGCAAGGCUGCAUUUGGUUUCC